AUGGCCAGACUCCCACAUGAAAUGAUCAGUGAUAUACUAUGUCGGUUAAGUGUAAAAGAUCUUCUACGCUUCAGGAGCGUUUCAAAGCCAUGGUGCUCUUCCAUCGACAACCCAUAUUUCAUCAAACUCCACCUCUCCCAUUCGCUCAAAACCACUACCAAUCACUCUCUUAUUCUCAGUCACUGGGAGGACUACUUCUUCUCCGUCGACUACGACCUAUUCGAAACUACCCAAAGACUCAACCACCCAUUCGGUGAACAAAGAAAAACCCUUCAAAUAUUGGGUUCUUGCAAUGGUUUGCUGGCUCUAGUAGACGACAAUGAUAGAAUAUUUCUAUGGAACCCUUCAACAAGAAAAUCCCAGGUAUUACCUUUCAAUGAAAUAGGGUUCUCAUCUCCAUCUUCAACUUAUUAUGGAUUUGGGUACGAUCCCAUUUCUGAUGACUACAAAUUGGUUCGAAUGGUCCAAUCACAUGGAAACAAUGAUGAAUAUUUUCAUUCGGAAGCUAAGGUUUACAGCUUGAGGAGCAAUUGUUGGAGAAGGAUUAAGGAUGUCUGCUUUUAUCAUAAAUUCAGUCGAGAAUUUGGGUUUUUGGCUAACAACGCUUUACAUUGGAUGGUUUUUAGAACUCCUGAAUCGCGUAAUAAAGAGCUUGUUGGUUUUGAUCUGGGGAGCGAGGAAUUCCGUUUCCUUGAAUUACCGGAUGGUUGUUUAGAUAAGGUUUUAAGGUUUCACAUAAAAGCCAUGGGGGGUGACAUUUGUUUGACUUCAACUUAUAGGGAAACCAAUGAUAUUGUGGUUGAUGUAUGGAUAAUGAAGGAAUAUGGGGUUAAACAAUCUUGUUGCAAUACCUUUGGCUUUCUCAAAAGAUGGUGA